UAAAAAUAUAAGCACAUUUAGUGCUUUGGAUGUUACCAAUAAGCAAUAUUAAUUAAGAAGAAACAUAGUUUCUAUAAAGAAAACUUGAAAGAUAAUAAUAAAACACAAUUGAGGUUAAAGAUAAUCAGAUUAAACACGGAUUAGAUGGUUUUGAUCAUUUAGGGAUUUAAAUGAAAAAUGAAAAUUAAAAUGAGGAGAAAAUAUAAUAGAACUUUAAUGAUUAGGAGGAUUAAUAGAAAGAAGUUAUAAGGAGAAAUUAAAAUGAGAAUUAAAGAUGGGAUUUGAAUUCAUCAAGCAUUAAUGAAUCAUAGAUAGCUGAUGAGGCAAAUAAUUAGAUUAUAUAGAUUUAAAUAUUAUAAUUACCUAAUCCUAUAAAUCAUAGAGAUGUUGAAAUCUAGAUAGAUGAUAGAAAAAAUGCAGAUAAUUAGAUAGUAAAAUUGGGUGAAAAUAAAUAAGUAUCAAUAGUAAAUGUUGAUAAUAAUGAAGAAUAAUAAUAAUAAGCUAUUUGUCUAAUUUGUAGUUUAAAUCAAUAUUAAAUUAUGAAAGCAUUAGAAUGUGAACAUUAAUUUUGUAGGUAAUAAUAUAAUCUAAUUUUAUAAGAAAUUGUUACUAGGAAUAUUUAGAAGAUAAAAUUAAGAUUGCAAAAAUAAAUAAUAUACCAUGUUUAUAGGAAGGAUGUAAAAUGAUAUUUUCUGAAGAAAUAAUAUAAUAAUUUGUACAUGAAUAGAAAUUCUAAUAAUACUUAGUUUUUAAGAAGAAACUUGAAAUAGAAAAUGAUCCUAAUAAAAAGUGGUGUCCAGCAAAAGGGUGUAACCUUUUUAUUGAAAAAGAUCCUAAAACUAAUUUAAUAAAUUGUUAAUGUGGUUAAAUAGUUUGUUUUAAUUGUGGUCAAAUUGCCCAUAAUGGAAUUUAGUGUGAGGUAGUUUUUUUGUAUUUGAUGAUAUUAGGAUGCAAUACAGAUAGAUUUUAAAAAUGCUUUAGUAAAAUAUUAAAUAAAAUAUUGUCCUAAAUGCAAAUCACACAUUUAAAAGAAUUCUGGAUGUAAUCAUAUGACUUGUAUUUAAUGUUAAUUUGAAUUUUGUUGGGUCUGUUUAUAACCAUAUCAUCAGUAUCAUUAUAAAUAUUGGUCAAUAAGGGGAUGUGCAAGUAUUUUAUAUCAUUUAUGUUUCUAUAAGUUUGGUCAAAUGGUCGUUUUAAAAUAUUUACUGUAAUUUAAAAUCCUGAUAAAAUGAGAAAAUUUUUCUUUAUUCCUCGUCUAAUUCUGUAUAUUUUCAGAUGUCCUCUUUUAAUUAUUAAAUUAAUUUUAAAAUCAAUUUCUAAAUCAUUCGUUAAACCUUUAGUGGGAUUAAACAAAAAAUUAUGCAAAUCAAAAUCACCUAAAUUAUGGUAUUUGUUAUUUUUUAAAAUAUUAGUCUAUUAAAAUGCAUUUAUUAUGUAUUAGCAGAAUUAUUAAUAUUGUUAAUAGUAAUACUAUUCUUUCCUUUUUAUUUUGUAUUCUAUCGACUUGGAUUUGAGAUAUAAAAGUUUUCAGCAAAAGGAUGUGGGUAUUGA